UUUGAUAUCAAAUAUAUAAACGUUGGUGCAUAAAUAGAAAUUGAAAAAUAGAGUGCUAAAAGCCAAAAAGAGCAUUAAAGUGUAAAAGAAAUUAGCGUUUGAAUUCUUCGCUUGAAAGUAUUUUUAUGAUUAUCAGCAAUUUUUUAAAAGUUUGGGUAAAUGUAAAGAAGUCAUUAUGUGAGAAAUAUGUUGUAAAUAAUAUUUGAAAACGCAAAGAGCAAACAGCAUGAAUGAAAUUGACCCAACAAAAACAAGUAACGGUAGUGCAACAUCUGAAAUUCAACAUCAAGAAGGAUCACCUCAAAAUACAAAUCGAUCACCAUUAUUAUCGUCACUGUUGACAUCAGUUCAUAAGCAUGAUAGUUUGUCAAAUGGGCAAGAAAAGUCAAAAAGUGUGCAUAGUUUGAUGAUGCCUUCGUCUGCAUCUGCUAUUGUCGCUAAUCCACAGUAUGAUGAAUCAGUAGCAUACUUAAAGAAAGCAUCACAAAAUUCAGAUAAUAACGGUGGAACGAAAGAGGUGGAUUUAUCAACAAUUAAUAGUCAUAGGAAUAGAAUUCAUAAUAAUUUGAAUGAAUUACUUCAACGUAACAAUAAUAAUAAUAAAGUAGCAUCAAGUGAAACAACCACAAAAUCAAUUUUAGAAAAUUGCUUAUUGAAACCGUCUACGGUGAAAAGUCAACAGCAUCAUCGACUUGAAUCUCAAUUUUAUAACAAGAUGAAUGAUAGUGACUAUCAUCAUGGAGGCAGUGGUUCCUCCUCAGCUACAUCUGUACUAAAAUUUGCUCAUCAAGAAGAAAACCGUAAAGUUGAGCCACUAAAAAUUAAUUUGAAUAGAGAUCGAGAACGAGAAACUCUAAGGACUGUCAUAAAAAUACCACAGCCACACUUGUAUGAGACUAGUCCGACAAAAAUAACAAUUAAGCCGCCACAUCCUCCUCCUGAUCGAAAUAAUAGUGUCAUAACAACGUCUCCAAAUUCUGCUUCAGUUUCUAUUUCACCAACGUUAUCAUCAUCAUCGCACUCAUCAGAGUCCUCUUAUGAAAAUUUUAAUGAUUCACAUCAGCCGCGUCCUUCAAUUCAAAUUGUUCCAAAACUGCAUUUACGCACACCUCCUAAUCAUGAGCAAUCAGAGCUCCAUAUCGUGCCUAAACUCACAAUAACUGGUCUUAAUUCACCGCAGACUUCAUCAACCUUGCAUAAUCAAUUGCAAAACGAGCAAGCAGCAAUGAGAGAUCACAGUGUAAAUAGUAUUUUAGACGGUCCAGCUAUACCAAAGCUGACCAUUAAGAAAGAUAACAAUACACACGAGGGAUUCUAUCAUUUGAAUCACGAAGGAAAUACAAUUCCCAAGCUACAUAUAAAAACAAAUCAUCAUCAUCACCACUCUUCUCAAAAAGACGGAAUGAAAUUGACGAUUAAACCUUUAUCGGAGCAACCGCCAGUGCCCAAGUUAACGAUCAAAACAACUGAUAAUGAUACAAAGACAAUUGUUAAUUCAGUAUCAUUUGAUAAUGAACAAGCUAUACCAAAAUUAACAAUUAAAGCUAAUCAGCAGCCUAUGACACCGAAAUUAACAAUCAAACCGGUUGUGAGGCCAGCCGAGGAACAAUCUCCACUACAAGAGGAAUCAAUUCCAAAAUUAACAUUGAAAGCUGUUAACAAUAGAUCAAUCUUUGAGAAAGUUGUCCCAAAAUUAGUCGUUAAACUUCCGAAAGAAACACAGCCAGACGAUGAAGAAGAAGAUGAUGACGAAGAAAAAGAAUCAUCAUCCUGCAGCUCGACGCCAUCGCCACCUCUACCGUUAACAGUUCCAAAAUUAAAUAUUAAACAGAUUCCGAUCAAGGAAGUGCCUAAGCAACCAGUGAAAAAUUGUACUGAUUCGGCUCCACAAUCUGAAGUUAAAUUCUCAAUUAAUCGAUUAAUUGGAACUUCAGAGGAGGUGUUAGAUGAGAAGAUGGAAGAGAAUUUAGUAUGUAAGCCAUUGGAAAUCAAUACGAGUGUUUUAAAGAAUGCUGAUUCUGGUCAAGAUUCGCCAAGAAUUAUAUUGAAAAUUAAUAAAACAAAUAAUGAAUCGACUACAACGGAAAUUAUUCCACAAUUGACUGAAAAUGUACAGAAAACAGUUAGCGUUAAUCAUAAACGAACCCAUCCAAAUGAUAAUGCUAAUGAGCAGGAAGAACUUCCAAAAAAGCCUAAACUCAAUGAUGAAGAUGACGAUGUUAUUAUUAUAAAUGAUAGUGAUGCAUCUAAUGAAGCCUCUAAUCAAAUGAAUAGUCUACCGCAGCAUUCAUUUGUUACAGAGACUACAACUAUUCCCGAAAAAGUUCAAAAUUCUGAUCAGAAAGUAGAAUCUGUUUCCACGUCUGCGGCGACAACAGGAAGAAGUUUAAGACAAACGAGAAGGAAUCAAGAGGCAGCUCUCAAAGCACAACAGCAGCAAGAACAAAAAAAGAAACCAUCUAAUAAUAAGUCACCGCCAAUUGUCAUUGAACAAGAUAAUUCACAACUCAUUAGAGAUGAUUCGCAAGGAAGUGAAUCUAUUGAUCCAUUAGCAUUGUCAAAUGAUGGAGGAAAUUCAAAUUCAGUCGAUGAGCUGAUAACACCCAAACGAGGACGUGGCCGUCCCAAGAAAAUUGCACCUGAAAAAGUAGCAAUUAUUUCCGAAGAAUCUGUUUCUCGAGAUCCUUUGGAAAUAGAUAUGCCAACUGACAGUAAUGAUAACAGUACACUAGACAACGGCUCACAAAUGGAUGAAACGAGCGAUAGUCAGAAGAAAUCAUCCCGAGGAAGAGGUCGAGGACGAGGAAGAUUAAAGCGAACUGUUGAAGUCAUUAAGAAUGGAAAGCCAGUGCAAAUUACACUGGAAGGACAUGAUGAUGAUGAUUCGCCAUCUUUCUCACUUUAUAAUAGAAGCCUUAGAGGAGGAUUUACAGGAAAUAAACGAUCAAAAGGCGGUAAAGCUAUUCGAGGAGGAAAGGGAUCAAAAUCUUCUCCUUUCGUAACACCAGAACGUUCAAAAGAUUCAUUUUAUUUCAUGACUCCUAAUCAUACUGAAUUUAAGGAAAGCAAUCGAAAAAAAUUAUUCACAACACCAUCAUUAUUUGAAGAAGAUACAAGAAUGAGCAUGAGUGGAAAUGAUUCACAAUCAAUUAUAAGAACAAUGGAAAUGCAUUCAAAUGAGGAAUCACAAAGCUCUAUCAUAAGUAGUACGAGCAAUACUAUUGAUGGAUCAACAACCAAGAAACGUCAAAAAAAGAUGGACAUGGGUGAUUCAGAAGGACGAAUGGAAUUCAUGGUGGAUAUGCUGGCAGAAUAUGACUGGCCUCUAACAGAAAGCGGGAAGAACCGAGACACUUAUAUGAUUCAGGAACAAAUAGCCGAAUAUCUUGGAAUUAAAAGCUUCAAAAGGAAAUAUCCUGAUUUAGUAAGAAGGCCUGUUGACAUGGAAGAACGAAAUCAUCUUUUUGAAAAUGGCUUGGCAUCAGAAAAGAUGUGUGAUUUAGGAUUGACCGCUGUUUACGCAAGUGAAGUGUUAGAUAUUAUGUGUAAUGAUUAUCCUGAAAAAUAUGAAGAGUACAAAAGAUAUCAACGUGAGAAAAUAUUCAAGCAUGCUAGACUCCGACUUGAGACCGCAGUUAUUGACAGAAGUCAAAUGCAAAAAGAUAAGGCCAUAACAUCCGCAUCAGAAUGGAACACUAGAUUUAAUAAAGAUCGCCGAGAAAAUCGUCGUUGUUGUAUGGACUUACAGAAUUGUUCGGUUCAGAAGCCCACACCAAUAAGAGACUACAAAACAACGCCAUCAGCAAUAUAUCGAUCUCCAUAUCCCGUUGCACUAGUUCCCGGUCAAUUUAGUGAAUUUUACGAAAAAUACACUCCUGAACAGCUAGCAUGCUAUCCUAUCAACACAGUCUUAGUUGAUUUUAAUAAACUCCAAGAAUAUCUCAAGACUCAUCCAGAACCAUAUGAAUCAUCGAGUGACAGCAGUGAUAGUUCAGAUGAUGAAGGCAGCGAUAGUGGCAGCUCAACGGAUUCUGAUUCUUCUGAUGAAUCGUCUGAAGACGAAUAUGUAGAUCCAUUUUGUAAGGUCUGUUCCAAGACUCCCUUCACAAAUCGCUUUAACCAGCCGGAGAAGUUUAUCAAAUGUUCUACUUGUAAAAAUGAAGCACAUCCUUCCUGCAUACAAAUGUCUCAGAGAAUGUACAUCCGAUCAUUAGCUUAUAGUUGGCAAUGUUCCAGUUGCAAGUCGUGUAGCAAGUGUCGAAAAUCAAAGGAUAAUAAGAUGUUAUACUGUAUUCAAUGCGACAGAGGCUUUCAUAUUUACUGUUUGGGUCUACGAAAUGUUCCCGAAGGUCACUAUCACUGUGUUAACUGUACAAUUUGUUCUGAAUGCGGAGCUAAGUCACCUGAAGGUCAAUACAACUCAAAUUUAACACAGCAACAACGACAAGAUUUGGCAAUGAUAGCACAAUGGAAUCAUGAAUUCACAAUCAAUCCAUUGACAAACAUUCAAGAGCACAAGGCGAGCUUAUGUUUGCCAUGCUUCAGGAAAAAUAAUCAAAAAAAGACGGAUGAGUAAACUCGGUUAUUGCAUUAUCACAAUAUAUUUUGUCACAUCAUCAUUUCUCUAACCAUUAUAGAAUCUUAAGAAUAUGAUUUCAAUCAUUUCUUUAUCAAACACAAAAAAACUUCAUUCAUAUAUUUUUAAUGAAACUGAGAUUCAAGCAAUUUUAUGCAUAUUAAAAUAAACAAAUAAUUAACUAUAUUAACUAAGAUGACAAUUUAAAAAAAGGCAAAACAUCAUAAAUAACAAUGCUAAGAGCUUGACUUCACGAAAAAAAAAACUUGAGUGAAAAAAAAACUGGUGAAUUAAAAAUGAAUAUAAAAAAUAACAAAUAACUCUAAUUCAAAAAAAUAAUAUUUUUAAAUAAAAAUUAAAUUAUUUAUUUUGAAUUAAUUUCAAUUAUUGAAUUAAAUGAGAAAGAUGAUGAUUAUAAUUUGUUUUUUUAAAUAUUAGAAUGAAUGAAUAGGAAAAGAAUAUGGAAAGGAACCGAAUUAAUAAGGUAGCGCACAGUACUUUGAUAACGAAAAGGCGCCGAACAGAAAAGUUGAAUAUGAUAUGAAAAGAGGUAAUGUUUGAAAAAUCAGGGGUUUAGUAUUGGAGAUAUAGUGAUUUGAGAGAUUAGAACUUAUAAAGUAUUUGGAAAACAUUCGGCAUCAAAAGUAGCAUAAUUGAUAGAUCUGAUACUAAACCUUUGAUUUUAGUACUUGAUGUAAAUUUUGUUUCCAACACAAGUUUUUAUUUUAUAAAAAAUAUAUAUAUAUAUAUAAAAAUUAUUAUAUAUUAAUUAAUCAAUGAAAGCAAAACAACACACACAGAAAACAG